AUGGAUGGGAAUUUUGCGCAAGGAGGAGGUGUGGUUCGUGGUGGAGCUUCUUCGUACGGAGGAUUCGAUUUGCAAGGUUCCAUGAGAGUUCAUCAUCCAGAGUCCAUGAAUCAGCAUCGACACAAUCCAAACCCUCGACCACUUCACGAAGGUCUUCCUUUUACCAUGGUUACAGGUCAAACCUGUGAUCAUCAUCACAACAUGUCAAUGGCCGAGCAACACAAAGGCGAAAGGGAGAAGAACUCUGUGAGUGAUGACGAUGAGCCAAGUUUCACUGAGGAAGGUGGCGAUGGUCACAACGAAGCUAACAAAUCAAACAAAGGGUCUCCGUGGCAGAGAGUGAAGUGGACAGAUAAGAUGGUGAAGAUGUUGAUAACCGCUGUGUCUUAUAUAGGCGAAGAUUCGACUAUGGACAGUGGUAGCAGAAGAAAGUUUGCUGUUUUGCAGAAGAAGGGGAAGUGGAAGUCGGUUUCUAAAGUUAUGGCUGAGAGAGGUUAUCACGUCUCGCCGCAGCAAUGUGAGGAUAAGUUCAACGAUUUGAACAAACGGUAUAAGAAGCUUAACGAUAUGCUUGGCAGAGGAACUUCUUGUCAGGUUGUUGAGAACCCGGCGCUUUUGGAUUCGAUUGGUUACUUGAACGAUAAAGAGAAAGAUGAUGUUAGGAAGAUCAUGAGCUCGAAGCAUCUUUUCUACGAGGAGAUGUGUUCGUACCACAAUGGGAACAGGUUGCAUUUGCCUCAUGACCUUGCUCUGCAGCGUUCUCUGCAGCUGGCGCUUAGAAACAGAGAUGAUCAUGAUAACGAUGGGAAACACCAAAUGGAGGAUGGUGAUGAUGAGGAUCAUGAUGGGGAAGGCGAUGAGCAUGAUGAGUAUGAGGAGCAUCAUUUCUCGCAUGGUGAUUGUAGAGGGGUUCAUUACGGAGGUGGUGGUGGUGGUCCUUUGAAGAAGAUAAGACAGAGCCAUAGCCAUGAAGAUGGUGACCAUCCGAAUCAUGUUGGUGCUCUGGAAUGCAAUAGAGGGUCUUUGACUCAGUUGGCUUUUCCUCUUGCUGAUGUGAGUCAAGGUGGGGCAGAGAGUGGGAGAGCAGCUUCGACGCAGAAGCAGUGGAUCGAGUCUCGGACUCUCCAGUUGGAAGAGCAGAAGCUUCAGAUCCAAGUUGAGUUGCUGGAACUGGAGAAACAGAGAUUCAGGUGGCAGAGGUUUAGUAAGAAGAGGGAUCAAGAACUGGAGAGAAUGAGGAUGGAGAAUGAAAGGUUGAAACUUGAGAAUGAUCGGAUGGGAUUGGAGUUGAAACAAAGGGAACUGGGUCUUGAAUUAUAA